UGGGGAGAGGAGAUGGGCGCAGGACGGGGCGUCCCCAUGGCCCAGCUGGCCCUGCUCACCCUGCUGGCCCUGCCGGGCGCUGGGGCAGUGACAGUGGAACACAUGAUCUCUGAGGUGGAUUUCUACCAGCGCACGGACCGAUCCCAGCAGGAGUCUGGUGAGUUCAUGCAGGACUUUGACCAGGACGAGACCUUCCACGUGGACCUGGAGAGGAAGGAGACCGUCUGGCGCCUGCCUGAAUUCAGCAAGUUUACCAGCUUCGAGGCGCAGAGCGCACUGGGCACCAUAGCUGUGAUCAAGCAGAACCUGGAGACCCUGAUCAAGAGGUCCAACCACACGCGGGCCCAGAACGUGCCCCCUGAGGUGACCGUGUUCUCCAAAGGCCACGUGGAGCUGGGCGAGCCCAACAUCUUGAUCUGCUUCGUGGACAAGUUCUUCCCACCGGUGCUCAGCGUGACGUGGCUGAAGAAUGGGCAGGAGGUGACGGGGGGCGUCUAUGAGACCGACUUCUACCCGCGCCAGGACAACUCCUUCCGCAAGUUCUCCUACCUGCCCUUCCUCCCCAGCCAGGGCGACUUCUACGACUGCCGGGUGGAGCACGGGGGGCUGCCCGAGCCCUUCACGAAGCACUGGGAAGCCCAGGUGCCCACCCCCGUCCCCGAGACCACAGAGACCCUGGUGUGCGCCCUGGGCCUGGCCGUGGGCAUCAUCGGCAUCAUCGCGGGCACCAUCCUCAUCAUCAAGGGCAUGAAGAUGAACGCCGCCCGCAACCCGCGGGGCCCCUUAUAAACGCGGGGAGGAGCUGGGGCCCCCGAAUCCCCCAGGUGCCUUUGUGAGACCCACUCGCACCCCCCAGCUCUGCCCCCAGCAUCCCUGCUCCGCUCACAUCAGUGCCAGCUGCUGUACCCAGGCGGGGCCCCCCGACCCCGUAACUGUCGCACUCAACCCGCUAGAGACUCACCGGGGAGCCGGACCACUCUGAGCAGCCCCAGUGCUAGCGCCCAGCUAAAGGCCCCAUCACGCCUGUGUGUGGCUUCCCUGCGGUCCAGCCCUGCUGAGCCCAGCGCCCAGCGCAGGGUCUGUGGGGGACAGGCCCAGUCCCUGUACAGCCCCCACUCGGUGCCCCGUGUGUGUCCACAGCCCUGCGCCCCCGAUCUCGCUCUGCAGCUUUGCUGACAGCAAUAAAGUGGGGUUUUGUGA